CUUAAAAAUUACUAGCUGUUUAAUUUGUUAGAAUAGAAAAAAAAAAAUAAAAUACCAUUGUACCUUUUAGCUUGACCCUGAGCGAUAACGCUGUGUCUAGGGUCCAUGGGCCAAAAAAAUUCGGAUAGUGGGAGUAGUAAGUCCCCUAUUUCUAUUUCUAUAGCACUGCGCAUGAGUAAAAUAGUAUUUUUUUAACGCCACGAGCGAAGUAUUUAGUGAUAUAAUUUGUGAUAAAGUUAUUGAUAAAAAUUUCAUUACAUCAUAUCAAUUAUCAGAUUAUCACUUAUCAACCAAAGAGCCAAUUGAAUAUCAAUCCCAAAACGAAAUAUUAAAAUUCACUAUCAAGGUUAUUAUAAAAAAUAAUAAUCUAUGACAUUGAGUAAAACCUUAAACUGAAAUUCUGGCAACAUUGCUCUGGCCUAAACAUCUGACUUAACUUUUUCAAAUACUAAACCUCUGACGUCAGACUAACGACUUAUAAAUAUUCUAGUAAUAGAAUCUACUCAAGGAAUAGUUACAAACUCUCCCAAAAAAAAUUUUUUUUUCUACUUUUCAUACUCUACUCCAAUUUCGCUACACGUGUCUAAGCACAUGUAGAAGAUAACGUUAAAAAUUACUGCUUAGCAAGAGUAUUAUGUAUCGAACUGCGGACAGAGAUAAAAAGUAGGAAGCAGCCAGAAAUAUUUUUAUCUAAAGGUUGUUGUAAUUCAAGUAGUGGCAGAGUGGGGCAAGAUUAUACAACCAGGGCUGAUCUGCGUUCAGUUCACUGUCAACAGUUAAGUCUCGAUUGUUGUUUUAUUACCACACAACUCACAGUUGCAAUACUAACAUACAAUACAGUUAGUGGUCUUCUUUGUUAUAUAUAUUAUAAUCCACAGCUUAAACUAUAAAUUAUUUAACUCAAUGAAGGUUUGAAACGAGGCCGAUAAUUGUUCAGUGAUUUACGCAGUGUCAUUUCAUUAGCUGUCAUCAUCUAUAUGAGUGACAAUGAUAACACUAAAUAAAGUGAUUUUACUUUUGUUUAUCGCUUUUUCAUGUGCAAUAAGUUGUAUAAGUGGAAUCGCGAGUGCUGAGAAAAAGUACAAAAUUCUCGGGUUUUUCAGCCACCCGGGGAAGAGUCACUUCGACGUUUUCAAGCCCUUGAUCGAUGAAUUAGCGAACCGCGGGCAUGAUAUUACAGUGGUGUCGUAUUUUCCGCGAAGUAACAACACUCAGAAAAAUUACCAUGACGUAAGUUUGAUAAAUAAAUUCAAUCCGUUCGUUAAUGUCGUCAAUUUGAAGCAAAUAAUGCAUACGCCGGUAACUAGCUUUUUGGAGAUGAACCACUUACGUAACAUGGGACUGCAGAGUUGCGAAGACGCCCUCAAUUUGCCGCAGGUUAAAAACUUGUUGAAAAACAAGCCCAAGUUCGACUUGAUGCUGACUGAAAUUUUCAACUCGGACUGUUCUCUGGCGGUUGUCAAUUAUCUCAAUAAUCCGCCGUUUAUUGGGUUGUCCUCACAUGUCCUGAUGCCAUGGGCGAAUGACAGGAUAGGUAAUCCGGAUAAUCCGAGUUAUGUGCCAGUGCUAUUCCACGGGUUCGCCCUGAAUAUGAAUUUUAUCGAACGGUUGGGCAAUGCAUUCAGUUUGGUGUACGCCAAAAUAUUUUAUGAACUUGCAAUCAAUCGAGCGACCGAGAAGGUUGCUGAGGAGGCUUUGGGGCUGUCGGGUAAGCGGCUGAGUGAUAUUGCACGUAAUACCGCUGCUAUACUGGUUAACACGCAUUACUCGUUGCACGGCUCUAAACCACAUUUGCCAAAUGUCGUGGAAGUCGGAGGGAUACACAUCAAUCCUUCUUCAUUGCCGGGAGAGUUGCAGGAGUACCUCGAUAACGCUUAUGAGGGAGUUUUGUUCUUCAGCUGGGGAUCUAUGAUCAAAGCCAGCUCGAUGAAAAACGAAACGCUCAGUGAUAUUUUGGAGGUUCUUGGCAGUAUCCCACGGAAGGUUGUCUGGAAGUGGGAGGAUGAAAAUUUACCGAAUAAACCUAAGAAUGUUCUUAUUAAAAAAUGGCUCCCGCAGUCCGCGAUUCUUCGGCAUCCAAAUGUUAAAUGUUAUUUGGCCCACGGGGGUAUGCUGGGUAUCAGCGAGGGUGUAAGCGCCGGAGUUCCUAUGGUAGUUGUUCCAAUGUACGGGGACCAAUUCAACAACGCGGCGGCUGCAAAAAACCGCGGAGUUGCUGUUGUGUUAGAGUGGAACAGUUUUAACGCUAAAACUUUGAGAUCUGCUAUUGAUCGUGUGUUCAACGACUCUAGUUACCAGAAGAAUGCAAACCUGCUUCAAAAGGCCUGGAGUGACCGGCCCGAGACACCGCUACAGACCGCGGUCUGGUGGGCAGAGUACAUUGCUCGCGGAAACGCCAGAAAUUUUCUUAAGUCUUCCGCCAGCUCUCUGUCUUGGUACCAAACAGCUCUCAUCGAUGUCUGCGCCGCUUUUGCUGUGACAUUUUUAACAAUUGCGUUUGUUUUGUACAAAUUAGUCAGCAUUUUAAUUAGAAAAUUUUUUACUACCAAAAAAAGUGAUAGCAGCCGUGAUAAAAAAAAUAAAUAAUUUUUUUCUAAUAAUUUAAAAAUAAUAAAGUUUGGAUAAAUUACCCAUGAAG